GUUGGGAGGAUGAGAGCGAGUCACCGUCCAAAAGCAAAGCCCGAGACAGAAAUGCGCGAGUGACGAGGCUGUAAACUGAACCCUAUUCAAUUGAUAACAACAUCCAACAAAUUUCAAAAUCUGUCCCUAUCGUUUCACUUUUGGCCACAUCUUCUGCAGUCUGCACCAUUAGCAAGUAGUUCCGUGUGAGAUUCUCAUUUUCCCCAAUUUCUUUCCUCUCUCUAGAAUCAACCAAGUUACUCUCCUAACAAAUGGCGGAUUGGGGACCAGUGUUAAUAGCGGUGGUGCUGUUCGUGCUGCUAUCACCGGGGCUGCUGUUCCAGUUACCCGGCCGUGGAAAAGUGGUGGAGUUCGGUGGUAUGCAAACGAGCGGUGCAGCCAUUUUGGUCCACACCGUCAUUUACUUCGGCCUUAUCACCAUCCUCCUUAUUGCCGUUGGAGUCCAUGUCUACACCGGCUAAGUAUACCCCAACUUCACUUGACUAAGCUCUACUAUAAGUCUCUGCCCGGAUCAGAAAUUUUUAUUUUGUUGCUCUCUAAUUAAGGUGUACUUUUUUUUUGGUCAAGAAUUGUUAAGUAUGGUGAUGGUUCAUGGAUAUUUGCUUUUUGAUUUUCAAAUUUACUAAGCAGAUUGUACUAGUAAGCUAAUCUGGUUGUUGAUUUUCUUCGAUUAGUUGUAUAUGGGCUGUUUUGCGCUA